AUGUUACACAGGGAUAAAGACAUUGACGAUCUGUCUGAUGAUGUUCUUCCUCGUUUCGUCUCAGGGUCCUCCCCUGAUCGUAUUCUCAAGAGCCGCGCAAAGAGUCUUCGUCUAGAUGCCCCAGACUCCAGUGUCGGAUUACCUAGUAACCAAACAGGAGAAGAAGAGAACUUGUUUGUAUCAGACGACGAGCAUAUCCGUGAUCAACUCGUGGACUGCAACAGUAGCGAGACCAAGCAGGAUGCUUUCAAUCUCGAGUGUGAUGGCCUUCCGGGCGACCUGCCUGCGGCUGCAAAUGCUGAGCAUGCUGUACCUCAAACUCUAGAAGAGAAUAAUCCCAGAGACGUCGCAGAGAAUAUUCAAAGUAACCCACCAGAAGACUCUGCCCCAGAAAGACCUAGCUCUAGUGACGUCCAGGACACAAUCUUUUGCAAGCCGCUGCGGGAGAAGGUCACAAGUUCCCCCUACAAUCCCUACCGUCCAGUAUUUGAGAAAGAAACUGAGACUCCGAAAGCGGGUAUAUACCGUCGGAAAAGACCAAAGUUAAUGCAGUAUCCCGCUUCCGAUCGAGGCUCGAUUCGCCGAUACAACAAAGACGACCCAGGGCGAGCAAUCGGAGACAAAACAGACAAGGCAGACGAGUUGCCUUAUAAGAAGGCAUUCACAGACUCGUCGCUGAACAAGAACCCAUACCAGAGCGUCGUCAAGAUUCCCAUGGCCUCAGAGAAGGGUCUGUUCCCAGAGAAUAAACUCAACUUCGACUCGGAGCAUGUCAAGCACGUUCUCGACAGCCAUCUCCGUAAUCACGCCAAGGGAACUACCACACCCAUAUGGUUCUCGUUUUCGCUACGUCACUCGAACAGCCACACCAACAGGAUCAAUAACAUUUCCUCCUUUGACUUCUUCACAAUGUCACUGAGAGAAUUCGUUGUGGCCCUGCCGCUGAAGGACAAAGACCAGAUCUCAGGGCUGUUCAUACUAAAGUACGGACCAAUCACUCAUCUGCGGUAG